AUGUCUUCUGCUCCGCCUGCCUCGAGCCUUGUGCUGCUCAGCGACCUCCCAAAAUGCGCGCGGGGGACAAAAGUCCGCUUCCUGGGCUGUAUCGAUGAGUACACUGUGAAGACGGCAACCUUACGCCUCAAACACAACUAUCCCGUCCUUGCCGACCCUGUUAUUGCCUACCUAGAUAUUGAACAUGUGCUGGAACGCGCCAAAAAUACCGACGUGGAUGUUGGCACCUGGCUCAACGUCAUCGGCUAUGUGCAGCAGACAAAGCGCAAGGCAGUCUCGGUUCAGGCCGUCCUUAUCUGGAAUGCUGGCAAUGUUGACUUGGAAGCCUACCAAAGCGCUAUCCAGGCUCGCAAGACUGCUUCGUGA